GCUGCAUUCGGCUGUUUGUGUAUGUUAGGUUACCGAACGGGGGUGUAUAACCGCGCUAUCGUUAUCGCCGCUCUCGGUUGGCUCGGCGCUGAACUGUGUGCCGUGCUCACUGCUGGCAACCCCGAGUCACCGGUCGGUAGUCAUCAGCACUCUUCCAACCUGCAACAAGAGCCAUGCGAGCCCCUCUGUCUUGAUGCGCGAACUCUCCCGACACGGCGACGACGGCAGCGACACAGCAAAGAAUGGCUGUUUGUUAUACAUGCCGAACGGCGCUCCGGCGCAACAUCGACAUCCUCCAGAAGUUGCGGCACCGCCGGGCGCAAUCCACCAACAGCGACUCGACUAAGCCGAACAAGACCGCGCGGCUGCCCGAACAGGUGCCGACACCCAACAACGUUCCGACACUCAACUUCUGGCAGAGGCUGGGGCCAUUGACAAGGGCGGCUCAGGCGUAUGCGCGGGCGCAGCGUAAGAGGCCAUAUGUAACGCAGGUGUGCACCUCGCUGUUCAUCUACCUGUGCUCCGACAUCUCGGCGCAGAGUAUGAACGGGAAGGACUACGACCCGAUCCGAACAGCGCGCUCGUUGUUGAUAGGUUCAAUAUCGUCGAUACCAAGCUACAAAUGGUUCGUCUGGCUCUCAGACAACUUCAACUACCCGUCGCGCACCUUGUCAAUAGCCGCCAAGGUCAUCAUCAACCAAAUCUGCUUCACACCGGUCUUCAACACGUAUUUCUUCGGCAUGCAGGCGUUGCUGUCCGGCGCUAACCUGGCCGAGACAUGGGAGCGCAUCAGGCAGACAGUCCCUGUCAGCUGCCUCAACUCGUGCAAGCUGUGGCCGGCCGUCACAGCAUUCAGUUUCGCGUUCCUCCCGCUCGAGUAUCGGCCGGUGUUUGGAGGGGUUAUUGCGGUCGGAUGGCAGACGUAUCUCAGCUACCUCAAUCGGUUGGCGGAACGGCGCAUUGCAAGGCAGGCCGAGGGGUCCCUUGAGCCUGCGUCAGAAGAGGAGAAGAUGGCGGGCACCGCAUCUCCAACCCGACAAUCUCUAGCAGCCGCAUUCCGACCCAUUAUCCGCCCCCAAGCUAGACUGGGCAAUCACGUCCCCCGCCGCCUCGCCUCGACAUCCUCCCAGCAAUCUCCCUCCACAGCGCGCACGAUAUUAGUAACCAGCGCCCUCGCCGCCGCCGCGGGCUUAACCUACUACUAUGUCACGGAUACACGCGCCUCCUUCCACCAGUGGCUCGUCCCCCGCGUCCUGCGCGUCCUCUUCCCCGACGCCGAAGACGCCCACCACGCCGGCACCGCCGCCCUCAAAACCCUCUACUCGCUCGGCCUGCACCCGCGCGAGCGCCCCUCCGCCCUGCCAGCCGACUACUCCCCCUCAUCCCACUCCAACCCGCUCGCGGUAACAGUCUUCGGCACGACCCUUGCCAACCCAAUUGGCAUAUCGGCGGGGCUGGACAAGGACGCCGAGAUCCCUGACCCGCUGUUCGCCCUCGGCGCCGGCGUCGUCGAGGUCGGCGGCUGCACGCCCCUGCCGCAAGAGGGAAACCCGCGCCCACGUGUGUUCCGCAUUCCGGCCGUGGACGGCAUGGUCAACCGGUACGGGCUCAACUCGCGCGGCGCUGACGCCAUGGCUGCGCGAUUACGGGAGAGGCUGAGGAAAUUUGCGCGGCGGUGGGGGUUGACGGAGAGGGAGGUGCUGGAUGGGAAGGGUGGGGUACCGCCGGGCAGCCUGGCGCCGGGGCGAUUGCUGUGCGUGCAGAUUGCCAAAAAUAAGAAGACGGAUGAGAAGGAUAUUGAGGCGGUCAUACGGGAUCAUGUCUACUGCGUGAAGCGGCUGGCGCCAUACGCGGAUGUGCUGGUUGUCAAUGUCAGCAGCCCGAAUACGCCGGGGUUGAGGGAUUUGCAGGCUGCCGGCCCGCUGGCCAGGUUGUUGGGAGCAGUGGUUGACGAGGCGAAGAAGACUGACAAGAAAGUCAAGCCGAGAGUGAUGGUCAAGGUCUCGCCGGAUGAGGAUGAUGAUACUCAAAUGGAAGGGGUUGUGCAAGCCGUGUGGAUGAGCGGCGUGGAUGGUGUGAUUGUGGGAAACACGACGAAGCGGCGGACGGGGCUGGUCAAGGAGGGAGUGCGGCUGACAUGCAAGGAGCAGAAAGCGCUGGCAGAGGACGGCGGCUUCUCUGGGCCGGCCAUGUUCGACCGGACGCUGAGCCUGGUUGGACGCUACCGCAAGAUGCUCGACAACUACUCACUCGAAGCUGUCGGUGUCGACGAUGCAUUUUCGGGCCAGAAGGUCAUCUUUGCGACUGGCGGAAUUACGAACGGAGAUCAGGCUCUCAGGGUCCUGAAUGCUGGCGCUAGUGUGGCUAUGGUUUACACAGGGCUGGUCUACGGCGGCUCUGGCACCAUAACCCGGAUCAAGAAGGAUAUGAGCAAAAAGCUCGCCAUCGAGGAAGCGUGAUGUCCUGGUUUCACUGUACUGUAUAUAUCGAAUGCCUCGUUCGGCUGCCGGUCCCAGGUACGCCAGCAGGUUGCCCCAAGGAAUGGACAAGUCGCACACACUUCAAUG